CAAGAUGACCAUCAUCUCUCUGCUCCUGCUGGCCUCUCUGCUGGCACACCUGACCUUCACUGCUCAUGUGAAUGUGGGUAUAGUGAACGGCAGGGAAGCAAAACCCCACUCCAGACCUUACAUGGUGUCUGUUCAAGCAAAGGAGCAUCAUACCUGUGGUGGAUGCCUUAUCUCUAAUAAUUAUGUCAUGACUGCUGCACAUUGCCGAAACGAUGCUCCAGUUCUGACGGUUGUGCUAGGUGCACAUGACCUAAAAAAGAGUGAAAAUUCAUUCCGAUACACAGUGGAUUCAUAUCAUCAGCAUCCAAACUACACUAAGGGAUCCUUUGUUAAUGACAUCCUGCUUUUGAAGGUAACAAACUGCACUUAUUUAGUUGACAUAUUAAACUUUCAUGCAGAAAAACAGCCAUUACAAAAAAAUGUGCAACUGAAUGACAAUAUCAAGUGGAUAUCCAUACCAGAAGAAGGAAGCAUUAUCGAGGCAGGUUCAGUUUGCAGUGUCGCAGGCUGGGGAAGUUUAGAAGCUAAGGGCAACAAAAGCGAUCACCUCAUGGAGACAGACGUGAAGGUCAUGAAUAAUACGGAAUGUGAACAUAAAUGGGGGAAGAAAUACUUUUCAACUUCACAGAUGAUGUGUGUUUAUGGCAAAGGAGGAAGCUGUGAUGGGGAUUCAGGAGGUCCUUUGGUUUGUGGAAACACUGCAGUUGGUGUCACUUCUUUUGGUCACCCUGAUCUCUGUAAUUCCCCAAAGAAACCUGAAGUUUAUACUAAGAUUUCAGCAUAUCUUACAUGGAUAAAGAGCAUAAUUGGAAAAUUUAAUUGAUGUCAAUUCAAUAAAAUGGGGUGAUUAUUAUAAUUUUUUGAUUGAGCUGAUUUUUUUUUAUAUGAAACUGAGGACAGAGAGUUUGAUAUUUGAA